CAGGUCUGAGGCCUGUUGGACCGGGUUUGCGGUUCAGAUGAGGGUAAAUAACGGUUUUUCAAAAGUGUAGUUAAAUGGUGGCCAAUUCUAUACUACUCAAACGACCUUCAGAAGUCUUUGACGCGACUCGCCCCACCUGCAACUUCGCACCCAGCUUCCCACCGGAAAACCCACUGUGGACUAAGGUUGCGCUUCGUUUUCCCACGGAACUCCAGCCAACGCCAUGAAGAGGCCAAGACAGCGUUCGGACUCGGGAAGUGACCUUAACCAGGAUGCUUCUCCGUACGGAAGAAAAAGACACCCGGUUGCGUGGUCACGCCUGGGUAGAGAUAUAUGAUUAGGCGCAUCUUCAGAUGACAAGGACCAUUCCCACUCAACCCCUCCAGAGCCACGAUGCCAAACCCACCCGCCGCUCCUGCCAAUUUGCCGGCUCCGCAAUCCCCUUUGCGAACUUCGUCGCCCAUGAGAGUAGAGUCGGGCAGCCGUCCAACAACGGCGACGACGACGAAUGGUGCAAAUGGACCCUCCGCCGCACCGCCAACCCUAGCUCCUCCCUCACAGGCCGCCUCCUCGCCACCGUUGUAUUCGCCGGCGCCCAACUCACCAAACGGCAACAGUUUACCGCAGACAAAUACCGGCGACGCGCCCGUGGAAGACGACUUCGACUGGUUCGAAAUUGAUAGCGGGCCCGCUCAAGAAGAGGUGGUGCACGAAUAUGAAUCCAGGGGUCUCUAUGGGCUGGAUUGUUGUUAUCUGCCUGUGUGGGCUCAAUUCCUUGCAUAUCUUUUCUCGGGGCUCACGAUUCCCGCUGCGCCAGCAUUGAUAAGCUAUCUCGUUGUUUGGAAACCCGGAGAUCCCAAUCUCUUUGAUAAGAUCGGCCCCGAGGAUAGCUUGACGCUGAGUACGGAGAUUGCUCGCUGGUGAGUUGUCUUGUCAGUGGAAGUUGUCCACUUCUCUGCGAUCAUACUGAAACGCUGUUUCCCAGGUCACUGUUCUUUGCAUCAUCCAUCUUCACUUGGGUCGU